AUGGAAUCGAAAAAUGCUCCUGAUGUUAUGUGGUUUGAAUUUCUGUUCGACAAAACAGGCACUCUCUUGACAACUCAUUUGUCGACACCAAACGCAGGUAUAGAUUUCUAUGUAAAUUUGCAUAUUUCAUAAAUUGAAUUCAAUUCUGAACUAUCUACCUUUUUGUGGCCACAUAAUAUUCAUGUGUUAUGCUAUAUCAAAAUUAUAAAUACAAGCCAAACAACAAUAACAUUUACAUUGCUAUUUUAGCCCCAUCAGCAGAGCAGCUUAUCACACAAUUUCUUGAAAAAUCUGGAUAUAUUGCUCCUUGGGUAUGUUUAAUAACAAUAAAUCCUUUUAUUAUGGGUUUUGCAUUUACGACAACAUUCAGCCAGACUGCAUGGAUUUUACUACUUCACUGGUGUUUGUUGCGGCUGAUUGAUGUCAAUAAACUUGGCAUCUGGUGUUAGUAAUCUCUGAAUAACACAUUAACUCUGACCCACAACGUACAAACACCCAUGAGUUAGUCAAAUCCAGACUGCGAAGUAUUGCAGUUUUUGGCAAGAUCUUGGUGGUGACAAAAAUUUAGGUGUGCAACCUCUUUAAAAUUUAUUAAAAUGUGUGUUUAAGUUCAUGUUAAUGUUUAAAAUUGCCAAUGGGUUAUUCUAGAAAACAUCUAUACCUAGAUCUCCCACAGGGGAAGUCGGAAAUUAACCCUCUACCCCCUGUGGAUGUCCUAAUACACUUAUUUGUAUGCAAAACAAAUUUUUCUCUCCCACUCCGGUUUGCAGAAAUUUCCUCCGUGGGGGGAGUGUGGAAAUUUUCCAGAAUGACUCAAUUAAAUGCCACAUUUAUAAGUUGUGUUGGAACAAGUAUAGUUAUGCCACUUAUUGAAAUGUGGACAAACAUUUCUCGGGGUGUGGACAAAAAAUUCUCAUAUGUUUUGGGUAAAAAUUCUCAAAGUCAAUAUGUCCUCAAGAUGAUCAGGACCCAGUGUGGAUGACUUGACCAACAUUGCUAUCUAUUUCUGUUGCCCAGACAAAAAAGGAAACUGCUACAAAGACUGCUCAGAAUGGACAAGAAAAACAAGAUGUGGUUGAGACAAAUGUUAAAAGAAAGGAACCAUUGUUGUUACUUGCUUUACAUGUAGCAUCACAUUUGGACUGGAACCUAGGUCAUUUGGAGACAGGGUUAGUCUCAUGCAUGGAUUGUGUCAAUUGAUGAUUUUUUUGUCAGUGAUGGUUUUUUAAAUAUUCAAAUAUUGUUUUAUAGUCUUCCACUUUAUGUGCAAUAUGUGCUGUUACAAGAACUUGUCAAAAUGUUUUAUAAAGAAACAGAGGUACUUUUUAUUCGACAUAUAUUUUAUUAGCUUAAUAGAUAUUGUAUACAUUCAUGAUAUUAAAGCCUGUCGCACAAAAGGGUGCCUCCCAAAAGAAGCCAGUACAUAGCUAAAAAACUCUCUGUAAUGGCUAGAAUGCCAUUUCAGAGAUGCCAUCGGACACCACCUAAACUAUAAAAAGAUCUUCAGGAAUGACAUUUUUGCUUCUUAAUAUUUUUGUAGGAUAUACAACCAUCACCAGAAUUGCUUAAAGUUGAGAAGAAUGCUAUUUUCCCUUUGCUCUUGUAUUAUAGAUGGUAAGUAGUUAGUAUACUAAUGAUACGAUUGAUAUAAAUUAGAUACUAUUAGAUAUUACAUUGAUAUACCCUGUAGUGCACUACACAAUUGACCAGUUUCUUGUAUUCCCAAUUUUUUAGGAUUGUUAGAUCAAUAGUUGAUCAAACUUCAUCUAAACUAACAGAGAACAACACAAAUGAGUAUGUCAAACAAUACAUAAUUACAUGCAUAAUAUAUGACCAGAAUAUUUAAUAAUCCUAAUUAUAAUUUUGUUUAUGACCAGAAUAUUUAAUAAUCUUAUAAGGUUGCCAUUUGCUGAUGCCAAAAAUGAGAAGAGUGAAAUGGAAAAACUAAUAGAAAAGGUACUGUAAAUAUUAUGAAAAGGAUAUUCUAUAUGUAAUUGCCUGAACUGGACUGAUAUACAGUCUCUGAAUAAUCUGGACUGUCAUAAAAUAUAUACCGUAUUAUAGAGAUCGGGGGUUUUUUCAGGGAUUUUUUAGGGCCGUUAAACGGCCCCAAAAACUCAAUCUUGAAUUGAGUUUUGAAACUCAAUCUUCUCACCAAAGUUUCAGUGCAGUAAAAAUGAAGUUGUUUGAAUGAGUUAAAUUUGUGACGUGUGGAAAUUAGUUUUCAGUUGGGAACCGGAUAAUUAAGAAAAAAUGGCUGGAAUUCAUCUCACAACACAAGAAAAACUAUGCAUUCACCAUCUUUAACCAGUUUAUAGUGUCCCUUAGUGCCCCUGCUUUAACACAUUCUGUCUCAACUACAUUUAUUGAGUACAGGUGUGGGUCCGGGGGGGUGCAGCCACCCCAGCUGUUCAGCUAAACUCAAUCUUCUCUGCAAAAACAGACCCAAGAGAAAAUCCUGAAAAAAACCCUGGAGAUGCAUGUGAUGUUCUACCAUCAGGUUGUGUGACAUUUCUUCCAGAUUGAAGCAGAAGAGACAACAGCAAUCAAUGUUUUACAGCAAGGUACAUCUUGGAAAGAUGAUCUCACAUUCCCAGUGCUGCCACCUUUGAAAAUUACAUCAACAGAAAAUGAAGAGGACAAAAGGUAGAGUUUUUUCACUUUUGUGAAUCUAUGUACUGUACGUUGUCAAGCCCAUUGAGAUGAAAACACAAUACCAAGAAGAAGCUCAGAACUUUUGCUAGAUGUUUGCUUGAUUCUUCUUGAGCAAAGGGAAAACCCAACACUUGAUCAGAUGUGAAAGGUGGUUGUUCUAGGGACAACCUCAGUAUGGGCCACCAGAAACAAUGUCACAUCCACCAAGCUUCAUUGGAUUUACUGGAAUAGCUUCAGUCAAUUGCUUGAUUUGGUUGUUCUAAAAAAGAUCUACACUCCACCCGCAGAGGAAAUUUGUCCCAUCCAGGGCCAGGGGAGAACAAAAUUGUUUCUUAUACUGUAAUAGUACAGUAGGUGUAUUAGGGCAUCUGACAGGGAUGGGGAGGGGUUAACUUCCAAUUCCUUCUGUGGGGGAAGUAUGGAUGUUUUCUGGAAUGAGAAAGUGAAGCCAUAGAUGGCCAAAUGAUCCAGCCAUUGUCCUUUCACAGGUACAAGGAACAGAUAUGAGUGCAUGCACCUUGCAAACUUUGCAUUUUUUAUUUUAGCGAAAAAGAUGAAACUAAGAUAGCUGGAGAAGGCACUGAGAAAGAUGCUGAGUCCUCUGAUAAUACUAUGGAUACUUCAGAGACAAAGACGGUGUCGAGUCAGUCCAUUAUUGGUCAGACAUGUUUUGAUCUUGGCACACUUUUUUUUUACAAAGGAAACAUUGAGAAAGCCAAAAGUCUGUUUGAAACAUGUUCCAGUGUACAGGUAAAUUGUACAGGGUUAGCCAUAUUUGAUACGGUACAGAAAGUUCCACUUGCAUUCGUUCCAGAGUUUUAUCUAGCAUAAUUUAUUGCCCCAGCUGGUAACUAUAUUGAUUAUUUAGUGUGCAAGCAAUUCAUUCUACACUGUGGACAAGAAACGACUAUCUGGCUAUUACACAGCAUGUUGUUCACUCUUACAUUGUCCUGUACGAGAAGAUCUCGUCAGUUCUCUGUCUUUGAUGAGUCAAAUGGAACAAUGCAAAUAUGAUGGCUAUAAGGUACAGUAUACUGGUGGCACAGUGAUAAGGGUAUGCAAUGGGCACAGAAUAUAAACCUUACAGAAGGCCGUGACCUCUUGGUUUUGCCUAUGAUUUUGCAUAACCGUUGCAAUGCUGUUGCCAUGUUCCUGGCCAGUGCGCGUACAAGAGGUAUUCACCCCCCUGAAAAUGUCCAAAACACAGAACGUCUGGGGGGGGUGCCUCUCGUUAGCGCACUGACUGGGAGCAAAGCUCGUAAUACUUGAUGUCAAUGAUCCAGUAGGGGCAAUUUAAUCCUAUUUGUGGAAAGCGAAUAAUGCAAUAAUACAAUUUUUAUCCAAUCCAAGUAUUUCAUUUUCUACAAAUUACAAGUGGUCUUAGUUUUAAUGUUUUCCUGGCAGAAUCUGGUGUCGUUACUAAUCAAAGACAAUGCAGACCAACAGGUACCAUACACAUUCAAACGAUGCCUAGAAGCAGACGUUGUAAGAUACAUCCAGCAAAAUUUUCGAGCAGAUAAGACUCUACCUUGGAAAGUAUGUUGCUGUAACACCACUGGAAAUCUUUUGGCUGGCCGCUGUGUCGAUCCUGAAUUUUGGAAAAUGUUGGAAAAUUCAAGUGGGGAACAGUUUAAGUGUUUCAUUGAAGUAAGUUUCGGGACUUUUGGCCACUGUAAUUGGUAUUGACUUAUGCUCCCUUCCACAAUCAUAUACUGUAGGGUCAGAAAGUCGCGCCCUGAUCAGAAACCUGCGUUAGAAGGUCCCGUGCGCUGACAUAGUGGGAAAUUUCUCUAGGGUUUUUUUUAAUUUUCACACUUGAGAAUUCUUUCCUCAACUCGCAAAUCCUGAGUGCGUACGAGAUUGUUGAUUACGAUGUGUGGAAAAGAGCUUUAUGACCGCGUACUGUAAUUGCAGACCCGGGCCAAUAAACAGCAAGACCCAACAAUUGUAUCUACACCCAAGAUGUACCUACACCCAACAAUUGAGCAUUUAGGGCUGAACUUCACAAAAAUGCAUAACAAUUGCCUUGCAUCCCAGCCCUAGUUCACUUGGCCCGAAACUGCUUCUGCCGAAAAUGAAAAUACCCUUACCACCCGCAGAAAAGCAUACCCUCAGGGCAUACGUGGCGCCAUGGACGUAAUUAAAAGAGAGAGUAAUGAGCUGAUUCCAGGUAUAGACUAAAUUUUGAUGAAGGCAAGAAGAACAUAAUCUAUCACCACAGCUAGAAAGAGCAUGUUAAAAUUAGUAAAAUUGUAAAGUUUCGCCGCGAAAUGUUGUAAAAUGCGGAAAAUAUACAGUAGCCCUAUGAAAUUUGCAAAUUUUGUAUUACGCGCGGGAAAAUGCACCACUUUCGGCCUAGCUGUGGUGAUGGAUUUUGUUCUUCUUGCCUAGAUCAAAAUUUAGUGUAUUAUUGCUCGAAUCAUCCAUUACAAGUUGUGUAUUUAACUAUUUUUACUACACAGCAUUUCGUGGAUUCCCUUGCACUUGUGAGUGACAGGCAAAGAUCCGAAAAGAAUGGAUUAAUUUUAUCACAACUGGAAUCCGCUAUAGCGUAAGUAUAUUAAAAAACUGUCUAGAUCAAUAAUAUUAAGUAUAUACACUUCUGUAUUCCGUAGCUGCGUGGGAAACUAACUUCCAUCUUUUGGCGAACAAUAUGAACAGGAGUAGCCUCAUCUGCAGGAAUCUUAUGGUUUGUCAUAUGGUUUGCCAUGAUGGGGAGAUUGCAGACAAAAAAUUGACUUCCCAGCUCGAAAUGUGCAAUACAACGUAUUCUUCUUAUGUUUUUAUUUUUUUUCAUAUUUAGAUCUUUGCUGGUUGGACAAUUGGCAGAAGAGAGAUUGGAAAUUUUAGUGAAAUCCAACAUUGGAAGAUAUCUUGAUAUCAACAAUGUAAGAAACAUGAAUUAGAAAUAAGCUAACUUCACUUCUACAUUACUGGAUAGUUCUAAGCUGGAUGCAUAAUUAGCCCAUUGUAUAAAGUUAUGACAAGACAGGAUUUAGGCAGUUGCGAUAUUGAAAAAAUAUCGAUAUCGAAAAAAAAUAUCGAUAAUAUCGACUAUAUCGAAUUAUGCAAAUGAGAAAACGUAAUUUAGUCAACUUGCAUGUAUACGCAUCACAAACAGUUAAAAAGAAGUGCAUGAAAGCAGUCAUGGUAUGUCUCAAAGAUUUAUUAACGACGGUUUAUCCUUCAUCUCCAACUCAGCUUUUAAUUUCAAUUGCACACGCACUUGUAACAUAAUUCGCAAUUGCCGCCAUACACACGUUGUCUAAACUUCACCGAUGAAAACAAUAAUUGCUGAAUAAUCAGAGAUUAAGUUGUUUAGUUACAACUUUCGAUAUUUUCGAUAUGCGAAAAAUUGAAUAUCGAAUAUCGAUAUUUUUGAAAUAUCGAUAUUUAUCGAAAAUAUCGAUAUAUCGCAACUGCCUAACAGGAUUUUGGUGGAAAUAAUGGGGGAGGUGGAAGAAAUGUAUCAGUGUAUUAAUGAAUUAUGACUGUAUGACUCAUCCAAUUUUGCCCUUCAUUACAUUGUUACAAAGUUUCUUUCAAAACAUUGCAUUGAAAGGGUAUUUGACACAGAGAUGAAUAGCUAUCACUGUUUCAAUUUUACAGAAAAACUUUCUUACGAAGUGUAGACCCUAAGCAACCAAAAAUGUCAAAUUUUCACUUUGAUCUAUCAUUGAAACUUUCUUAAGGGGAGGUGCAUGACUUUUCAGGAGAGGUGCAAAAAUUCUCAGGGGAGGUGCAAAACGAUCUCUGGGGAGGUGCGCAUCUCCUCACACCUCCCCUCAAAGUCCGGCCAUGAUUUAUGAAAAAUAACUUAAUUCGCUGGCGAAGGUAAGUAGUCUCCGAUCGCGAGUCUCUAGUAUGUACACUUUAUGUUUAUGAAAUACUUAUUCAUCUUUCACAGUUAAAGAAAGCUCUUGAAAAGCAUGAACAAGACUUGCAAAACGCCAGCUGUACGUUUUCGCCCAUCAGCCUACAACCUCACAAAGGUAGGAUUUUAUUAGCAGAUAAUAAUUCCCCGGUAGUUUUCCUAAUGCUCCAGUUCAGUGGACAUGGAGGGCAUGUCAACAAAAGAUUAAUCUCAUUAGAAAUUCUUUAUUUCACCUCCAUCUGCAUUUAUGUUUAAGUCUUGUGAGAUUGCUUGAAACCCAACUAAUUUACUCUUAAUCAUCCAACAUCCUUUGUAUUGCAACUGCCACAAACUUUAGUGAAAUCAUUAUUUAAUAAGUACAAUCCGCGUUUUAUCCGUACGUCUGCUUACGCGAUACCGUAAAUCCGCAGUUCCGUAUCCGCAUUUUAACCCAACGCUAUUGACGCUACGGGCGGCGUUUUGCGUCUGCAUUCUAAAGAUUGUUUUUCCCAUUGAUAAAUUGUAAAUAAUUGGACACGAUCUGAUAAAAGGCGGCGAUGAUAUAUUAGUGUUGCCAUCUGUAUUUACUUCUGGAAAAGGGAUAAGGUGGUGCAGGAAAACGGCAUUUAUCUGUUAAUUUAAUUGCCGUGUUUGACAAAUUUUAAUUUCGCUAUAAGCCAAUAUCCGUUAGUGUUUAGCUAAAUUUACGGUAACAGACAAUUUGUAUUGUGGAACGACGCCAAACAAUAUCCGUUGUAUAUUGCAACAUGUCUGUGAAGGGCAAGAUGUGAUUAAAACCCCAUUCAAACGUUGAGCGUUGAUGACGUUUCAAACUUUAGAUCAACAACGUAAAUGUUUAAUAAGUGUUUCAACUACGUUUUAUAAAUAGAAGUGGUUAUUCGUACUGGAGUAUGGCACCCGAUUCUUACAUUUCGUAAAUUAGUAAUAUAAAGUGGUUUUUUGCAACAGCUUUUAGCGAGCUUGCCGCUAGCGUAUUCGGCAAAGGCGUUGCGUGCGUGCGAAGUGAAACGAGGUCGUGUCCGGGUUUAGUUUUAGUCGUUGGUUUUCUGUUUGACUUUUUUUUCUCGACUUUUUAGACUUUCAAAUAGUUUAAUAGACCUUUAUUGGUUAGGGUUAGAUAAGAGUUUGGGGUUGGGGUCAGGUUUAUCUUAAAUAUUACGACUGCAGUACGAAUAGCAAAUCAAACUCGGCGUACUGUUCCAGUACGAAUAGAACGUUUAUAAAUUUACGUGAUAGUAACUAAGGGUCUGUUUAUAUGGUCCCUCUUACCCAGGAUUCAAUGAAGUGUGACGUGUUUUGAGCAAUUGAAAUAAUUCACACUUCAUAAUCUAACAAAAUUGGUUGUUACAAAUUGUAUGAAAUUCCAUGUUUUACACAAAAAAACAAAUGUUGUUGAAUGCUAUUCAUCGUCUUCUUCCACUACAUAACUUCUAGCGCGUUCUUAAUUUCGUUUAAGGCUGUUUAGGGCUGAAACACGUAUUUCAAUUGCUCAAAAUACGUCACACUUCAUUGAAUCCCGCUUAAGCGGGACCAUAUAAACAGCCCCUAAGGGACGGACCAUUAGAUAUUUGAGAGGGGGGGGGGUUGGGCAAAUACCAAAAAAAAAUUCGCGCACAGAAAAAAUCCAGGAAAAAAAUUUGUGCACAACAAACCUAUUGAAAAAAAAAAUCGAGCAAGAACUAGGGCUGAUUUUUAAAAUCGUAAUGCAAUUAUUUUAAAACAUUAAAAUGGUGUUUUUACGACAAUCGAAAAAAUUUAUGCUGAAAAAAAAAUGAUGAAAAAAAAUUCGUGCACAGAAAAAUUCCCCUCAAAUAUCUAAUGGUCCGUCCCUAAGGUCACGUGUCUGCCAACUGUCGUGCGCUCGCAUCAUCGUUCGAUCCAGGCUCGCGUAGUUCCAGCCGGAGUUAAGCCUGCUACUGAAAGCCAAGAGUGGAAUAUCGUUGUCAAAGUAUUUCUGUUUAAGCUGGUGUAUGCUAACACCACUCGAGUGUACACGUCAGCAGACCACGCCAUUUUUAUCUCAUGUUUACCGCAACCUCGUUCCCAGAGGAGAGACCCUGGGAACGAGGUUGCGUUGUUGAAUUUAGACUCAGACCUGGAUUUGAUUUUUCGUUAUACGUCUAUCCCAGGCCUGAGUCUAAAUCUCUAUAACUCAGGCUAAGAUUUGACUACACAGCUAAAACGAUCUGGUUGUUGCAAUAUUGAUGAAAACAGGAUUGAACAAUGUUGUGCGGCCCACAUUGUUCACAGUUGUCAAAAAUAUUGAACAAUAUUGUUACACCCGAUUCAGGCUCAAUAAUAUUGUUCGAUAUUGUUGACAAGUGUGAAGCUGCACAACAUUGUUCAAUCCUGUUAAACAGCAGGCUCAUAAUUUUUACGCGUGUACGAAUAUAAUAAUGGAUCUAGACACGUCAUGUUAGGUGCAUUGGGACGACACAGAGUCUUUAAUUAAUGGAUGAUCUUGUACUUGCUGUGGGAGUCAACAGCGCAAUAUAUUAGGCCUAUACUAAAUGUUUUUGCAAUCCCAUGCAGUGCACCAUCAAAUUUUAACUCAAAAUGUCAUUGAAAGACAUAUACUGAUAUUAGAUCAGUGCUCACACACUUUGAUCUUCGCUUUGAUCAAAGCAUCAUUGAGAUAUUUUAAAUACUGUUUCUUUAGGAACUGUCUCGCGCAAGUCUCAUAACAUAUGUAAUGACCCGAUGAUAAAGACAUCGAAUUCUGAAACUGUUUUUAUAUCAAAAUGCUAAAUUUUAAGCCUGCGUGAACCAGUCUUCAGUUGCGCGCAGCAACAAUUCUUUCGUAUAAUCUAUUAUCAUUAAAUCAUCUAAAAUCGAUCAGAUCACUUUAAUCUUUAUAGUGGUUGCGCUUUUUGCCGGCCCAGUUUUAUCUCGUUUCCCACAAGGUGACCUUCAUGUGGGCCUAACCCUUGAUCGCCUUGUUAAUUCUCAAUACAUUCUAGUAAAAAUCAAUAAAGUGCAACAGUGUGAAUAAUCCCGACAAAAUCUGUCAACUUUCCCAUUAUCGCAUCAAUCCCACACAUGAUUCCAGUUUGCAACGCAUGCAGCCUUAAUCUGAAAGUGCCGAAAGUUUGAAAAUCACCCCUUUAAGCUUUUUUUACCCUUCGAUACACGCUUCGACCCAUGUAUCUAUCACUUACAGCUCAAAUGACAGACUUGCUCUCCAAUUUCGACCGUUACUAUAAAGUUUGCGAGUUGAGAGUUGAGACUUUUAGUGAUGAAGUCAUGAACAGAACCGAGCGAACAUGGACGACAAAGUCAAAAACUUCUAAGCUAAGGCAUGGUUUCUAUCUAAUCUGGUCUUGUCUUUUGCAAAAUCAUGUCGACAUAUCAUUACACAUGCUUGCAUGCGAUCGGUAUAUUAGUACGGCAGUACAUAAACAUUUAUCUGGACAGCUUUAUACCACUCGAAAAUGUCGUAAUUGCGCCCUUCACAUUUUCGUAUAUCACCGGUUGCCCAGCCAGACUGAGUUACUUCUCAUAGAGUUUGCGGAUUUAGAAGAUGCAAGCGUAAUCAACAUUUUGGGUGGAUUGUUUUAAGGUCUUUUAGUGCUACAGUUAUUCAACAACGAUUUCCGUUUAUAUAUCUAGAUUAUAAAUGUUUUUAUUAUGCUAAUAAAAAUACCCAGUAUCAGCAUGCAAACAUGUGAGCCAUUAUUGAAUCAAUAUGUUUUUGUCUUCAAUAUGUUUUGAAGACUUGAGAUCAAUGAAAAAAAAGGCCUUUGGCCUUAUGUACGUCAUAUUCCUUGCGCCUCGCCUCGUGCACGCAAUUUAUUCCAAAAUAGCACGUAGAAACACAGAAUUGCGACGCAUUUAUAAAUUGCGCGUGUCCGGUUAGCCUUUGCACCUUUGCGUUUUCAAGUGCGCAAUAUGUCUAUUCAAGUUUUCGCAUUGAAAUCUGGAAAAAGUAAAAUCUGGAAUUAGGGAUCAGCGUAACUCUGCGACUGGGAUGGAUUCGAUGCCGCAAUGUGCAGCUCUAUGUGAUUGUAUAUCAUUUCGGGCGUAUUCCGGUUUCCUCCUGUAUAUACUAACAGUGGACUAUUAUAAAUUUAUAUGUUUGGCCCUUGCUGAAACCCUAUAUACUAAGAACUGUUUAUAGAACCGACAGCGAGAUCCUGUAGAAACAUAGUUUAGUUUGUUGACAUAACUCGAAGAAGAAGUACAGUGAUUUGUCUUGUUGGCACAUAUUCAAAAUCGUUAUGACCUACCCUAAUCUGUGGCGAACCAAAUUUUAUUCAAUGUCCCUUUGUUAGUGAUUUCCUACAAUAAUAAUCUUUAUUCAUCAAAAUACCAAUACAGGCACAUAUGAAAUUACAUACAAUAAAAGAUACAAAGUGUAUCUUUAUAAUAACUAUAUAAAAUAUAAGAUUAUAAAGAAUGCAUUUACAUUUUUUUAUAUUAUGAAUGAAAAUAUGCAUGAUUACGUAAUGCACUGAUUAGCAUAUAAUAGAAGAAUAUCAUGAAAAGAAAAUAUUUUGCUACUAUUUUCAUGAUAGAUUUAUCAUGUAUAUUUAUAAUAUAUAAGAAUAAAUUAUUUGUAUCAAAUAAGCGGAAAGAACUAUAUUGAUACCAUAUAAAUCGUUUAAAAACUAUAUUUCGUGUUUCUGAAAUUUUUUUUUUUUUUUUUUAUUUAAAAUUUAUUAUUUGAUGUUUACCCCAAAAGCAAACUGCUUAUCGAGGGGGCUUACAUCUAUACAUAUAUAACAUUUUAACACACAACACACAAAAGGUACACACACCCAGACAAAAUAAGAUAUUAAUAUAGAAAUAUUAAACAUCAAAGGCGGAUGCGGCAAAACGACAUGUGUUUAAAAUAAAUUGUUGAACUAUUGAAAACAAUACACAAUUUUCUUCAUAACUCAAAACUUCAGAUCCGUUUAAAACACAGUUUAACUUUACAGUGUCGCUGCACCGCAACCACGAUUGACCAAAAAGCUGAGCAGCAGAGGUAAGCAAAGUCGCACGCUGAGUAGCAUAACGGGGACAUUCAAGUAGAUAAUGUUUUACAGUUUCUGUUCCUUGUUUACAUGCACAAAUAGGAGAAACUGCACAAUUAAUAAAAAAUAAAUAAUCAUUAAGAGCACAACAACCUAAACGUAACCUAGCAUGUAAAAUAGAAGCUCGUCUGCUUAGUGAGGAAUCAAAGAAACGGUUGUACUUUAAAGGAUGCAAUAAAUUAUUUAAUGUAUGUUUAAAGACAAAUAAUGAAUCUAACUGUCUUAUAUCUAAAGACAGGUUAUUCCAUAAAUUUAUAACUGAAGGAAAGAAAGAUGUUUUAAACAUUUCCGUUCUACACUGAAAAUUUGAAAAUUCAGUAGCUGACCUCAAACAAAAAUUCGAUCUCUCACCUACUCUCAAUGGCACCAACUCACUAAUAUAUGCUGGAGUCAUUCUAUUUACAGACUUAUAGAAGAAUAUUAUUUUAUGAAUUUUUCUUCUAGUUUUCAGCUUUACCCAGGCUAGUUCCUCACGUAAUUUCCGAGCACUGGUGCCUUUAAUUGCACCUGUAAUAAUUUUAGCAGCAUCGUAUUGAACGCUUUCGAGUAAAUCACUAUUUCCUGAUGUACAAUUAUCCCAAACAAUAUCAGCAUAUUCCAUUUGUGGCCGUAUCAAACUUGUAUACAAACAUCUAAGCGUUGACCUAUCUAGAUGAAAUUUGAAUGAUUUCAUCACAUUUAAUCGUUUAGAGGCUUUUUCAUAAAUUUCCAACACAUGCUUAUUCCAAGACAUAUUGUUUUGAAAUGUAAGACCCAGGUGGGUAUGAGAACUAACUUCUUCAAUAUCCACACCUCUCAAUGUAAGUUCCGGAUGAUCUAUUUUGUCUCUUUUCAAUGAAAAUAACAUGGAUCUAGUUUUUGAGGGGUUCAUAGUAACCAACCACUUAUCUGACCACUCAGAAAUCUUAGCUAAAUCGUUAUUAAGAUUUUCAGCUGAUUCAACAGGAUCAUCUACGACCUCAAAUAGCGUGGUAAUGUUUUGGUUGGAGCAUGUGAAUAAGUAGUAUGUAAUAGAUAUUAUAGUAGUAAUAUGUUUUGAUAUUCAGGUUUAAUAAAUACUUCUUCGCAAUUCCGCUCUAUCGUGGCGGUCAGAAAACCAAAAAAUUGUCACAGAAAAUUUGUUGUACGCGUACACACGUGCCAUUGACAAACGACGGGUUCAGAUUUGACUACCACUACCAUUACCUUAAUUUUUUUUAUUUAUGUAUUUUCCCCUAUGUACAGCUUUGUUAAUAUUUACAAAUAUUUUGUAAUAAUAUUGGGCUAGGGACCUACUAGAAACCCUAACAGGCUUUUUAAUUUAGGCCUUUAGUUACAGUUCAUUGUUAUCUAUUAAUUAAUAUAUUUACAGUAAAAUCAGAUCUUAUCUUAGAGUGUAUUAUUUACAAAAGGAAGGAAAGAACUAUAAAGCAAAAUAAUUACAGUACAAAUAUGCGCAGUAACUGCAAGAGCGUGAGGAAAUCGUCGCAUGUUUUUGUUUUGGGACCGUAUACCAAAGCGAUUUAUGGUCGUCGGGAGAAGUCUAAUCUGAACAGGUCUAAACAGCCCGUCGCGACCGCUACCAAUGGAGCCGUCAAAGGUAGCGGUAGUGGAAGUUGAAUCUGAACCUGUCUAAAGAAGACUUGGCAUAGAAUUAGUCCGACCUCCCACACUUCGAAUUGUACAAUACAUUACUGAUAGAUUGAUUGAUCGGCACCUUAUAUAUGUUGAUUUUGGGCAAAAUAAAAACAACAAACGCCCACGAAAACCAUGGGGUGACACUAAUCCUCUAUAAUCUCCACCACAACUGGAUACCUGGAAAAAAUCCCCAGAAAUGUGAAAAAUCGUCUUUAAAAUAAGGCGCUUUCAUCAUGAAGUUGAAUAUGGGCAGUUGAGAUAAAUUUUCGUGUGAAUGGUAAUCGCUGUCAGAAUAGAAUUCUCUUAAAAUUCUCUAGAAUAAAAUUCUGUUGUACGUCUUUUUCACUCGUUCACACUCAAACAAUCGAUUCGCAAUCACUCACAGUACUAUAAGUAAUAUUUCACGUCCGACUAUGAGGACUGGACUAGAUUUCAAGUCCGCGAAAUUUGAUCAAUAUGCGAGAGUUUUAAAUGACAUCUUAUACGAAUAUAUCACUGGAUUAAUAUACUUCACCAUGAUGUAUCCAGUAUUAUCAUGUGAGCAAAGUAAAGCAGUAUGGUUGGCUAAUUUGCUCAUGAAUUAUCAAUGAGUUUGAGAUCCUUCAAUAACGAUCUCUCACAUCUAACCGACAUUGGUAGCCAAGUAUUCCUUUGAUGUUCUAACAAAUUUUGAUCAAUGGACCAUUCCCCAUGAUUAACCAAAAUUUUGAACUCAACAAGCCUAGACAAAAAUUUCAUCACAGCUUGAAAGAGCAUCACAAAAUUAGUAAUAUUCCAAAGUAUUGUUGCAAAAUGUUGUAAAAUGCGGAUAAUAUAGCCUUGCGAAAUUUGCAAUUUUCAGUCAUUUUAGAUUACAAACGGGAAAUGGUUACCACUUCUGUGCGUAAUACAAAAUGACUGAAAAUUACAAACUUCGCAAGGCUAUAUUAUCCGCAUUUUACAACUUUUUGCAACGAAACUUUGGAAUAUUACUAAUCAGUUUUGUGAAGCUCUUUCAAGCUGUGAUGAAAUUUUUGUUUAGGCUGGUUAAGAUCAAAAUUUUGGAAAAGUGGUAACCAUUUCCCGUUUGUAAUCUAAAAUGACUGAAAAUUGCAAAUUUCGCAAGGCUAUAUUAUCCGCAUUUUACAACAUUCGGCAACGAAACUUUGGAAUAUUACCAAUUUUGUGAUGCUCUUUCAUACUAUGAUAGAAUUUUGUCUAGACUUGUUGAGAUCAAAAUUUUGGUUAAUUGGGGAAUGGUCCAAUAUUUGUAUUCUAUAUACCAGUAUUGGUAUAACUCUCUUUGAAUAAAGUUUGUUUAUAGUAUCUUACUGUUCUAGCUAAAGCUGCGUUUACACACAACGAUUAAUCGGGCCGCGAUUUCAGGUUUUGCCGAAUGUUAAAGACGAAUGUUUUAUCGUUGAAUGUUUAUGACGAAUGUUGUAUCCAAUUAAUCCCAGAGCCAGAGGAAGGUCAAUGCAUGACGCAUAUUAUGCCCAAAAACUUCCUCACACACGAGCCCCGAAAAGGCGUAUUAUGAAAUAUACUUAUCUAUUCCUUCUCAGGAAAUUAGAACUGAGUUAGGAUCGGAAAUUGGCUGCAAUUCUGCAAAGUCCUUCCCAAUUGUUCUUGUAAAAACAGUAAAAUGCUUAUUUAAUUAAAUAUAAAGGAACACCUUCGGGAAUAAAGCCUAAAGGCAAUAUAUUAAAUAUUCGUCAGAUGACUUGUGUCAUAUUAGAAAGAUUAACUGCGAACAUAGUCUUUCUGACGCUCAAUUUAUCCACCAUUUUUCGGGUACCGCCUCCAGCAAGCGUGAGAUGUAAGCACCUCGCGAAAUGCGACUUUUUAUAACUAUAGUUGUAUGAUGGUAAAUUCGCUUUUCUUGUUGUUUUAAUUGUCUAAAUCAUUUGUGAUUUGACGAUGAAUGACAGUAAAAAUGCCGGAUAGUGAUGCUAAUGUCCUUACUCCUCUUUAAUUUGUCUGUCAUUGCAUUUAUAUCGAAAACAACUCCUGAUUAUUUAAAGAACGACACGUUUGGUAUAUUUGUUAGAGCUUAUAAAUAAAAUCCGCACUCAGAUCAGCAAACCUUGUAUUAUUGCAAUGCAUUAAAUAGUGCUGUUCGCUUCCGACCUCAUCUAAAUCGUCAUGUUAAUUCUUUUAUCUUAUCAUUCUUCUGGAACAUUGAAAAUCAAAAUUUAUUUUAAUAUUUUCGGAAUCGUCUUAACUUGCUUUGAUUCCCACCUUAAAAUAUUAUCUGUAUACAUAUGUCUGUAUAUAAGAGUGCUUAGGAAAUAGCUAAAUUAAGCUAAACUAACUAUAUUUAUACGCGGUAGGGUAGCUCUCUAUCAGUUCUUAACUAUUCUCCCUAGAAGUCUCACAUGGAUUGACCCCUGCACCGCCAACCACAAACCACUGCGAUAAGCUAGCCUGGUGAUAGUUAAGAGACAAAAUUAAUGUCUGGCUUUGGUUUAAACGUCAAUACACUUUUCACCAAUUUUGGAUAUUUUUUACUUUUGCACAUUUUAGUACAUUUUAUCUUGAGGGCUGCUUAUUUUUCAAUGCACAGAUAAAAUAAUUGUCAUAGAUAGGUUUUCCCGAUACGCAAUCUACUUUCUGUUAUGUUUUUCCACAUUGAUUUCAUUUGAUCAAAGUCUUCAUCAACUUUGUCUUUGGGAAUCUUUGAGAGCUGUAUAUUUUAGUGUACAAAGGAGUAUUUGCCCUUAUGCACAAACAGCAUAAUUGUACAGUAAAAGAUAAAGGUUCUCCUGAUAAUUACUUAUUCUGAGUUAUUUGGCUUUCGACGUUGAUUUAAUCUAUGUUUUUUGGCCUGGAGUCCUGUGUUAUAGCUUUAAUCGUUCAAAAAUGUUCUCCCUGGUGAUCCAGUAAGAGCCAAGAGUUAUUAAUGCCCCAGUUACACGAUACUGGAUUCGCAUCGGAGCGAGUCGAGCGACAUCAACUAAGACGCUUUUCGGCCUUUUACAAUUCUGUUAUAUUAUAAUAUUGAGUGCUUAUCUUCCCUUGAAACUGUAAAAUUUGAUAUUGCUCCGAUCAUCCGAUGCGAAUCCUGUAUCGUGUAACUGGGGCCUAAGAGAUAUUUUUCAAGCUUGCCCGAUGUGGAAAUACACUCGAAGUAACAUCACAAACAAGAUAUUAUAAGGUUGGUUUAGUUUAGGUCUGUUGCACUAAAUAUCCCCAUCGGUAAAUUGUAAACUGCAGUCAGCAUGAAUAUCAAGUUACUCAAUGCUCCAAAUUGCUUGCCAUUCAAUGCGAAUUUUGUUAAUAGCCCAACGCGGUGAGUAUAUACGUGGGCGCAGAAUCGGUUCGCAUAUUUUGUGGUUUUUGAAUUGAUUUGAAUGUUUUCUUGACGUGCGUCACCUUGUAAUUAGUUCUGUCGUCAAGAAUAGCGUAAUCGUGACCUUUUAGCAGACACCUUGCAACAAAGAGUUUGUUCACAGGUAAUUGGCAUUAACUGCGCAUUAAAAUGAUACACUUUAGAGUUCUAGUUCACAUCAUGUCCGAAUUUCAAACCAUUUCUAUGAUUGGUCAAUCGAUACCUCUCCGCGCGCGCUCUAUAAAUAGCGCGCAUUAAAUAUACAGUGCGCUUUUGUUCGGGAGCAUACUAGCCGAACUUGAUAUCGAAAUUUGUUUGCAAACACACUGACAGUCAUGGAGCGUAGCGGUAUGGACUGUCUUGUACUGUUGUACUUCUAUUUCGUAAUAUUGAAUCCACUAUUAGCGGCGUCCAGUAGGCCGCCAAAUAUUAUACUCAUAGUCGCCGACGAUCUUGGUUUUAAUGAUGUAGGUUUUCAUGGUUCGGAGAUAUUUACUCCGAAUUUAGAUAAGCUAGCGAAAACCGGUGUUACUCUUGAGAAUUAUUACGUAUCGCCUUCAUGUACUCCAUCUCGAAGUCAGCUUCUAACAGGGCGUUACGGAAUUCACACUGGGCAAAUUCGCAACAUUCAAUCUAUGCAGCAGUCUUGUUUACGCUUAGAUGAAGUAACUGUUGCUGAGAAACUAAAAGCUAGGAACUACAGGACACACAUGGUCGGCAAGUGGCAUCUAGGACACUGUAUGACAGAGUGUACCCCCACUCAUCGGGGUUUUGAUUCGUUCUUUGGAAUUUUACUCGGCUCCGGAGAUCAUUUUCGCUACUAUAAAAGACAGAGAGUGAAGGGUGUGACUCACCUUGGCUACGACUUUUGGCAGAAUAAUACCGUAUCCCGUGCUGAGGGACAUACUAGGAUUUACUCGACGACUACGUACCGUAACCAAGCGUUGAGGAUAAUUUCAACUCACGAUCCUAAACAUCCAUUAUUCUUGUAUCUAUCCUUCCAAGCACCUCAUAGUCCCUUGCAAGUACCUCGUGAAUGGUUGAAACAGAAUAGUGGUAUCACUAAUUGGAAACGGCGAUACAUUGCUGGCAUGGUGACCGCGGUCGAUUCAGCUGUUGGGGUGCUGGUGAAGAGCCUGAAAUCACGUGGUUUAUGGGAAAAUACGGUGUUGGUCUUUACCACGGACAACGGAGGUCAGAUUAUGAACGGGGCUAGUAAUUGGCCACUCAGGGGUGGGAAAGGUUCAUUUUGGGAGGGUGGUGUUAGGGGAGUAGGGUUUGUGAAUAGCCGCCUCAUAAAACGCCCCGGACGCAAGAGUCACAGACUUAUGCAUGUCAGUGAUUGGUUUCCAACCUUUGUUCAUCUCAGUCAGGGAGAUUUGAACGGUACUAAGCCUUUGGAUGGAGUUAAUCAGUGGGACACCAUUAGUAGAAAUGCACCUUCCCCACGUAAAGACGUUUUAAUUGGUAUAUCACAUGCUAUUGAUAGAAGUCUAGACAGACGGCGAAUAAGCGCAGAAUGUCGGCGGUAUAUACCUAAAGCACUUCGAGCAUGUACCAGAAAGAAAUUGUUUAAAUUUCCCAAGAAAUGUGCGAAGAAAGAAGACGACAUCUGUUUGACGUACAAGGGGUCGAAAUGGUGUCAGCGCGCCGCCAUUCGACGUGGAAAAUGGAAACUACUGGUCGGGAUACAAAAACCUGGCAACUGGGUUCGUGGUUUGGGCGUGAAACCGAAUUGUUCAUCUCGAUACGAGAACGGAAAACGUUUGCAAUUAUUUAACAUUCGUUCCGACCCACGCGAGACCGAUGAUUUAUCACAGAAGUACCCCAAGAAAGUUGCACAAUUAAUGGGUAAACUUGAAAAUUACAGAAGACAUUCUGUACCAGAGUGGAGGUCCCCGAUUGAUAUUAUGGGUUCUCCCAAGUACAAUGGGGGUGUAUGGGGACCUUGGAUGACGGCCGCUUAGACUAUGCAAGCCGAUUUACACCACACAACUUUUGCUUCAAACUGUCGCAUGCAACCUCCUUACAACUUGAGUUGUACUGUGUAAAUCAAGCACACAACUCGCCUACGAUAAUGUAGAUUAGUAUAGAUGAGUUGUGUGCUUGAUCACAGUACGACUCAAGUUGUAAUCAGUUGCAUACGACAGUUUUAGGUAAAAGUUGUGUAGUGUAAUGUUUACUGAGGGUCUGAAUGGGGUUAACUGACUACUGACAUUUGCCUGAAUUUUUGACUGACAACUGACAAAAUAUCCUAACUGACUACUGAGAAAUGAUGAAAAAAAAUUAUAAGUCAACAUUUUGCAGUAACUGACUACUGACAGCUUGCAAUAUAUCGCACUGACAACUGACAAUUGGCUUAAAUUUUAGCUGACAACUGACACCCAAAGACCCCCAUUAAGACCCUCUUUACUGUUGAGUGGUUUGACCAGUGAGCUCCAUAUAUAGCCUAUAUCUGGAGUGAGAACUUACGUCCAAAAAAUGGGUUACAUUUUCAUGUCACGCAGUCACGAAAUAUAAGUGCGGGUUAGGGGGAUAGAGAUUGGAUUAGGUUUCGUGAUUGCGUGACAUGAAAAGAUGGCGGAAAUUGACGUCCAGUGCCAGUCCCUUGCUAUUGUUUUUGUCUGCGCGAUUAACACAAGGUACCGAAAUUUAGUGUUUUGACUUCGAUUUAAAGAGCGAAAAUAUGAUUUUGUGAACUGAUAACUUGACUAGCGUCACGAUCCGUCAGAAAAAAACUAGAAUUAGCUGGGGCCAAAUGAUAUUAAAACUGUUUACUACCUUCAUACUAGAGCUAUUGGACGUCAAUGGCCGCCAUCUUGGCUCCACUUUUCUCAUAGUCCGAAUGACUGAAGUUCUCACUCCAGGUAUAUAUAUAUAUAUAUAGACACAGAAUAAAGACAUACAGAAGUGUAACUUCCAUUACAAAACCGUAAGGCGCUUUUUUACCGAAAUAGCUGGCGGCCAUGUUUCUUAGCAAGUGCUCUAAAGAGGGGCAUUCACCCCCCUGGAAUAUUAAAUUUUCAACAUGUUUUCAGGGGGGUGACUGCCUCUCUUUAGGGCACUUGCUAGGAACAUGGCGGACUGAAAAAAUCCCUUACGCGAAAUUAACCUGAAGUGAGAUCUCUGUAUGUACUUCCUCUGUGAUAUAGAGUUCACUGGAUUUGACUAUUUUUAGACACACACACAGAAGUCCGAUUCAGCCAAAAAGCGUAACCGCCGCCACGUCGUCAAAAUGCACUCCCCAUGUUUCCAGCAAGUGCGCUUACGAGAGGCAUUCACCCCCCUGAAUAUCCGCCACUUUGAAUAUUUUCAGGGGGUGAAUGCCUCUGGCUAGGAACAUGGCGACAGCAUUGCAACGGUUACGCGAAAAUCAUAUGCAAAACCAAGAACUCGGACUUUUGUGUGUCCCUAUUCGGUGGUUUGGAUGAUGCAUUGAUUGAUUGCUCCAUUAUUCCAAAAACGCAUCGACAUUGUAUAGACAUGAACAGAAAGACUGAAGGCCAUAUCUUGAUUAUGUUUAGAUUUAUUUAGAUUAGGAAUAUAUGAUGUUAGAUAUUCAAGAAUAUUAGUGUUUUUUUCGAGAUUUGUUGAUAUUUUUACAUGUAUAGAUGAACAUUUUGAUAAAUGUAUAGAUGAAUUUUUUCUGUGUUGGUAUAAUGUACUCAUGUGAAUAUGAUGCUUGUGAUGUUACUCUGAGUGUAAAUCCACACUGGGCAAGCUUGAAAAAUAUGUCUGGCCACGGCCAAUGCUCUGCCAGCUGAGCCACGCGGUCAGAUCCGUUCGCGUAUGUGAUAUUUUGGAACUGAGUAUAGAUAUCGAAGGAACUAGACUCAGUUCCGAAAUAUCACAUACUCGAACCAUAUCGAACCGUCCUGACCGCGUAGCUCCGUUGGCAGAGCAUUGGGCUAGUAUUCCAAAGGUCGUAGGUUCGAUUCCCAAUGUUGGGGUAGUUCAAAUUUUAAUGAAAGUUGAUGAGAGUUUUUGCUACGUGCGCGGUAAUAUCCUGUCAACUGUCGUCGGUGUAAGGUCGCGAGGUGCAAGAGUUAAGAAAGUUCCACAAAUAAUUAUUAAGGUAUAUACAAGGUCGCGAUUUAAUCAAGAACUUGAACAGUUUAUCGAAUUAAAAAAUUUUAAGGCAUUUAGAUCGAUGGAACCUGUCAACCGUCAGCCGGAAGUACAUUCCAUAACUUAGCCGCACUGUAUUUGAACUGGGUUUUUUUAAGAAAUUCUCUUUGGCAACGAAAGUGACAGAUUUCUAUUGUUAUUUCUGAGAUUAUAUGCAUUAUACGUUUAUGUUCUUAAUCUUAAUGUGAUAUUUUAUUUUCUCUUUUUCAACAUCAAGAUGCUCGCAUUGAUGUUCAAGUUCAAGUUAGCCAAUUGGAGCACGACUUACAAAUUACGUCAUGUCCGUCCCAGAUCCCCAACAUACUCAUGCGACUACACAGCCGAGAUCCCGAUCCUCAUAAGAAUCAUGCCAAGGUGACUUCAUAUCUUGUUUCUGUUUGUUUGGACUUCAUAUCUUGUGUGUGUGUGUGUUUGUUUGUUUGUUUGUUUGUUUGUUUGUUUGUUUGUUUGUUUGUUUGUUUGUUUGUUUGUUUGUUUGUUUGUUUGUUUGUUUGUUUUACUGUGACUGUAUGUGGAUGGUAGGCGGUUGGUGCCUGAAGUAUAAAACGAUUAAAAAUAUUUCAUGAUUGAGUGAAGGUCCUUCCUUAGGAGAUCUGAUCUUCCUUGGGGGGGGGGGGGGGCUACACGGUACAACCCCAUGUCGGGGAUCCUAGUUCCCCUUCGUCGAGGAAUAUUAGCAUUUUAUUGGGGAAGAAAGUAUGUUUUAUAACCAACGUUGUAUUCAAACUAUCCUCAAAAUGGAGGAAAUACGUUUCAGAGUGUCGUGAUUCAAACAUUUUCUCAGAGAGAAUGCCCCCAAGAUUGAACAGACAAAACAAAACAAUAGUUUUAUUGCCUGUAAGAACUUAGCCCCCUGUCGGGGACCUUAUCCCUCUUAAUCCCUCGCGCCACCGAUUGUUGGUUGGUGGUCAUAAGUAUAUUAUAUGCUUACCUAUAUUUAUACGUACGUAGCUUACGUUACUUAUCCUUACAAUCAUUAUAUUUCCUUCCUAAUCUAUUUAUCCUAACCCACCCUGUGAACUUUCCUUCUGGGAGGCAACAGGAGUACCCGUAAAACCAACCAGCGAUUUGACAUGAACUAGUUUAUGCUUACCUUGGAAAACGCUUGUGGAAAGAAGAAAGGAGCAGCAACUAAAAUAUGUAUCCAAAGCUCUCGCAUGCGAAUGUCCUGAGAACAUUUCAGAUAUGUUUUUAAAUAAUGUUUAAAAAAUGUCUAAUUCUGAGCGAUACGAGUUAAGAAGAAAUAACGACACUCUGGUGUUGUCGAAGCACAAAAUCAAUUCAACGAAAAGGACUUUCGGAUAUGCUGCUGCCAAAGUAUAGAAUCAAAGUUUAUAAUAAGUAAAGUUUUAUCUCAUUUGAUGUGUGAAGGGGAAAUAUAAGGGAUUUGGGGGGAGAAAUUGCUGGUAUUUUCUAUAAAAUGUUUUAAUGUUAUUGGAGGGAAUACGUAUACCCUAGGAACAAGGUUGUUUGACUGUAUUUUAACUUAUUAUGCUUGAGUAGUUACCAUGCAAAAAGAUCUUGUAAAUAAAUAAAACAAAAAAAACCUACAUUUAAACUAUUUAUCUUUUCCACAAUAAUGAUGGUACCAUGAUAUUGCGGCUGACUUUAUAUUGUUUCAUGCUUUUUAGGGCUACGAAAGUGCUCUCUAUGGAUCAUAUAUUCAAGAUUUAAAAGAUGACAUUCAGCAAGAUCUCUUGCAUGUUCUGUUCAGCAAGGCUAAUCAGUGUUCGCAGAGAAAGGUAGAUGUUUUUUGUACAUGGUCAAAAUAAUUAAAACACCUUGAAGCCGGUUGUAUGAAACCCAUUCAGUAGGACUUCAUAUUGAUCUAUUUGUUUAAAGGGAAUGGCAAUAAAAAUUACGUUUGUCCCGUUUGAUAGAACUUUAGAAAUUAUAUGUUAAACUCCUUUACUGAUUUUUCAUAUAUUGCUUUGUUCUUGAAAUAUUUUGUCUGAAAACAACCAGUCCGCCAUCUUGGAUUAAUUUUCUACCUCAUUAACGGUAGGUUUUAUGACGUCAAAAACAGGGUUAGCCAUAUAAAAAUACUCCCGGGUGACCAAAUAACAAUUAGUAGUCUUCACUCAAAUUGUUAUAUUUGAAAUGGCGACCGAAGUAUAAUUUUGGGUAAAGUAUUUGCGUGACCCUACUCAAUGUGUAUUAUGUCCAUAAUAAUCCAAGAUGGCCGACAGUUCAUGCAUUGAUUUAUGGUCGAUUUUAUUUUUGGGCGAAAUAUUUCAAGAACUAAGCAACAUUUGAAGAAGCUGUAAAAACGUUUUCCAUAUAAUUUUAAAAGUUUUCCACCUAUGAGACGAUCUAAAUUUCAUUUAGAUGUCAUUAUAGAACCUUAUUCUCAGAAAGAACGAAUUUCGUGAAACACGUUUUUUCUCGCGUCAUUUCUUAGGACUUUGUUGUGGCAAAAAGCUUCUUGGAUUUUGGUUUUCAGACGAUGCAAGAUCAGCGCAAGCGAUAUGGCAACACGGCAACGUUUGAUAAAUUGAGCAAUUUUUUGUCUCAGGAAAUUUUGGUCAUCAAUAUUUUAAUGGCUGAAGAAAAUCGCGAAAAACUGUACGAAUAUGUUGUAUCUUGGUAGUUUUAUUAGCAAUUUUAAGUGGUAAAAUUCGGUUUGAUUAGCAAUUUUAAGUGGUAAAAUUUGUUUGCUAUCAUGAACUAAUUCAUGCUAUAGUUGUUAUUCUAUCAGGCUACUACUACACUUGUUAAAAAAUGACUGACACUUCUUCUACCUGGUGAAAAUAAUGUUUAUCUCUAUUAUUUUCACCUCAGAUCACCUGAUAUUAUGAGAAGAAUCAUGUCAAAUCUUACCAUUGGAGUUUCAGGUGACGAAUUGUUUUGCUAUUGGUGCACUGUAUAGCACUGUACACUGGUUACCUCCACCAGCGAAUUAAUUAUGUAUCAUGCAUACAUUAUACAAUGAGUGUAUCAUGCAUACAUUACACAAUGGGUAUAUCAUGCAUACAUUAUACAAUGGGUAUAUCAUGCAUACAUUAUACAAUGGGUGUAUCAUGCAUGCAUACUUUAUACAAUGGGUGUAUCAUGCAUACAUUAUACAAUGAGCUAAUUAGUAUUCCCUGUAAAGCAAGACAAACCUUCGCUAAUAUGUCAUCGAAUUUUUAUCCGAAUUUAACGAAAAUGUAACCAAUUUGUCCUUGGGCAAUGUCCAUUAAGCCUGGUUUACACUAUCCAAGGUUCUGUGAUCACAGUAGGAAUUUUGUAUGGGUAAAUUCUACGUUUUGAAAGAUUUGUAAGAAAUGUUUAGUGAGGGAACUGAUUUGUUAUUAAACACUUUGAGUUAGUUCCCCCAAACAUUUCUUACAAUUUUUUUUUCAAAUCUUGGAAUUCCCCGAUGCAAAACUCCUACUGUGAUUACAGAAACCUGGAUAGUGUAAAUCAGCUUUUACGCCCGUAUUCUAAAAGCUCACACUCAAAGAGUGGAGGUUCAAUCUGAGCUUCCCUUGAGUGUCAAUGCUGUUUUUGAAUAGCUGGAGGGUUAGUACUUACUCAACCUUACCCCAGGGUAUUCGCUCUUUCCCUGCUGGAGCGAAAUACCCUGGGAACGAGGUUGGUACUUACUAUGAAUAUGUGACUACUCAUUCUCCAGCUAUUCAAAAACAGCACUGACACUCAAGGGAAGCUCAGAUUGAACCUCCACUCAUUGAGUGUGAGUGAGCUUUUAGAAUACAGGCGUUAUAGUCUCACAUUUUCGAAUAUAUACCGAAACAGGGUAUAUACAUGGGCUAAAUAUUUUGACAUAAGGCCGUCAUGUUUGUAUGUGUUGUAGAUUAUGCCCCGAAAUCUCAUGCAAUUGAAACGAUGGUUGUGUACUUACUAAAUGUUCAAGAGUGGGCAUUUCUCUCUGACUUGGAUGUCAGAGGAGCCAAGGAAGCUAUGGACUAUAAAGAGGUAAAGACGGAGGCGGUGGGGAACCAACGCAACUCACAACGAUGUCAAUACCCCCCCCCCCCUUGCAUGCAGGAAUAUAAGCAUCAGAUAAGUUCAAUUCAGUCCCUGUAGAAUAUUCUCCCUAUACUCAGCCCAAUAAAUUCUGCCCUGCUCAGUCCAAUAAAUUCUGCCCUGCUCAGCCCAAUCAAUUCUGCCCUAUUCAGCUCAAUAAAUCCUUCCCUAUUCAGCCCAAUCAACGUGUUCUUGUUUGUUUUACUGAAGCUCGCUCGCAGUAUUGCUAGUGUGUGUACCAGUCUCACUAAACCACCUCUGUGGAGGAAAAUGGCCAAGAUUAUGUGGGAUACUAGUAAGUCCAAAUUGUGGUUAAUCCACCAUAUUACAUGGAUGUUAUCUUUAUGAUAAAAUUAUUGAAAUUGGCAUUACAGCCGAGAUCAUGUGGUAGGAGGCCAACAUUUUCUUCUCCCCUCACCACCGACCUCCCACCACACACACCCCAACCCUACCUCGACUGUACCAAUAUUCUCAGUUGUCACCUUUAUAUUUCUUUUCAUAGUUUUGAAGAUUUUCACAUCGACAGUCCAACAUAAACGAAUGUUGUCUGAUGGUACUCUUAUAGACAUCAAACGCGAACCUGAACACUUGUAAGUAGCUUCAGCCUUGUCAUGUGAACAUACUAUGGAAUACUUUGUACAUUUGCAGUAUAUAUUAUACAUUUAUAUCCAUAACCUGGGGGCCGGUUGUACGAAAACCGGACAGCCUUAUCCCCCGGAUACUGAUUUUCCAACGGUUGCAAAAUUGCUUGGAAAGCUAUAAAAUAUGGGUCUCAUAGUUAAUAAAAACAAACAUUAACUUAUGAAUACAAAAGUUUAAUAUCAGUUAUACCAAUUAACGGAUAAUUUUAGAAAGUUUGUAAAAAUCCGGUGGAUGGCGCCUUCCGUCCUUCGUAAAACCUGCUCCAGAGUUAUAACGUAAUAUUUUUUGUAUAUUUACACUGAUCUGGCCUAAUACCUUCCCCGAUAUUCGUUUUAGACCACAUUUUGUGAAAUUUAUUCAAAAAAUAAAGGUGAGACCUUUGCAGAUUUUUGUGUGUCCAGAACAUCUGCUAUAACGUCGUCGUCGGACAUAUUUUAGCUACAUUUAUUGAACUUAAACCAGAAAUCACAAACUUUUGUUACACUUUUUAGGACGAAACAUGUUUAAGUUUGAUAAUGUCAUGUUUGGAAAGAAUGCGAAGUUUAGAAUCUCCCAGCGAUGAGGAAGAUAAAGCCGAACAAAAGAAUACGACGACGAUGUACAGUCAUUUGUGGCCAACAUCCAUUCCAUCGUAAGUUUUAUUAUGCAAAAUUGGUUCUUUGCAUUCUAUUAGAGAGGCUCAGAUUUGACUUCCACUACCAUUACGGGACCAUUAACCAAUCAGAUGUAUUUGAACUAUCUGUAUGAUUAACCAAUCAGAUGCAUUUGAACUAUCUGAUUAACCAAUCAGAUGUGUACUAAGCAAGUGAGAGGUAGUGGUAGUGCAAGUCAAAACAAUACAAAAGUACGCAGUAUUUAAGUACUACCAUUUAGGCUUUGUUCAAACGUCAUGUCGAAUACAAUUCGCAUUAGGUUCGAGGAUCCCGGAACUACAUGUUGAUAACAUAUAAUCUGGCUGAAUUUGAAUGUAUAAGUAUAAAACUUUGUCGACAAGACACCUCGCAGAAUUUUGUGAAAAUUUGUGCUAGAUUUGCUCAUAGGCUAAGAUACUGUAAGCUCUUGUAGCCGUACAUAUUGGAGGGAGCAUAAUAUUGAUUAAAACGUGAUUAAGCGACCUAUAUAGUUAUUGCGUUACAGUUGUUGCAUAUUUUUCGUUGGUUUUUUUAGGGCUUCUUCUAUAGAAUUCCCACAGAUUGGCCUGGCCUGGCUGGAGGUGAUCGACCACAGUGUCACUGUCCAUCCGUUCAAUCCUGCAUUCCUUAAAACACAGGGAGAUACGUUUUAUGGUAAAGUACAUCAUAUCGAGUUGGUCUGCUGAUGAUUCUGUAAUGCUAUAGGCUUGAAAUAUAACCAUUUAAAUUGACGACUUCAUUUGGUCCAUAUCUUGGGUGUUCAGCAGCGACGUGCUGGCUCUGUUUGUCAGACGAGUGCGCCACUUUGAAUCAGGUUAUCAUAACACCAACAUUUUCCAUAACUCAUAUCAUAACUUCAUUUUUCCAGAAAACGAAAACCAUCUGAAUGCAUUACGUUGUUAUUUACAAGCUGGAGCAGCUGCCUCAGAUUUCUUCUCUUUGGCUGUUCCAAAGGCAGUCUGGGAUAACACGGUAAUCUUGAUUUUAAAAUUGUACAGCCCCCACCCCCCGAAAUGUAAAUGCCCAUUGGAUUAAAUAACAGUAGUGUGAUUGAAAUAAGAAUUUUGAACCAAAUAAGACGAAAAAUCUCAAAAGCGCAACAUCUUAUAACAGGCAAUUUAUCAUAAGGGGUAUAUGUGGAUUUUGUCUAGAAGAAGGCAACCUCCACCAUUUGUAUCCAAGAUUGUAGAAUUGGUUUCAUUUUCUAGGUAUACCGCAAAAUGAUAGCAUGUUGCUCUGCCUUCAACGCCCAUACGCAGGUAACGUAUUCCACAUUCACUUUCCAAACGCCUUUCGCAAUUGUGUCAUUUACUCCAUGUUAAUUUCAGGGGGUUAUUUUUAACUCCAGCGGAGUUAUUUUGAAGUAAAUUUAAAUCCAAAUGUGGAGUAAGACUGAGUUCAAAAUAACUCCACUGUUAUUUAUCGUAGGUUGCAGUACUGUGCCAAUUUCUGGAACCCUUGGACUACUCUUUGGCUUUUAAUGCCAUGAAACAAACAACACGGUAAGUAUUGACUUGAAUUAUGUUUUCUGUUGCAGUUCAGUGUUGUCUAUUGAGGUGUUUUACUUUCUGUUUUUUGCAGGAAUGAUGCAUCAGAGUUUUACUACAAUUGUAUUUGGGACGUCACUUUACUGGAGUUUGUAGUUCGUAUCCUUAUAGUUGCUUUUUGUGUGACCAGCAAAAAUUUAUCCGUUUUAAUAUUCUUACUAAUGAAUCAGUGUGUUGCAUUUUUUCAACACUAGCGAUGAAAGCCUUAAAAUUAAGCUAUAUAUUGCAUGGAAGAAAAAACUAAGAUAGAAAAUACUAAGGUAGUCAAAUGUUCAUAACUUCAUUGCACCCCACCCCACUAUUUUGUAAAAUGUCUGCCACUAUUUUCAGUGGCGUAGCCAGAACGAUAGUUGGGGGGGGCAUAUUCAUAUAUUCGUGUUCACAUACCAUAAAAACAAUUGAUUUCAAAGGAAAUUAAUAAGGCAGAACAGGAAUAUAUGAAUAUGCUCCCCCAAUUAUCGUUCUGGCUACGCCACUGACUAUUUUUCGCCUGUAAAAGUAUCCUUGCAGUACAAAUCUACCAGACAUCGUGGAUCUUUUCCGAGUAUUCCGUUCUCAAUUUCAAGGAACACUAGAACAAUAGGGGAUGGCCUAGAAUUGGCUGGAACAUUUUAAAACUGAUGGAACUAUCCAGUAUAAAUUUAAUUAGGUCGUAUUUCCACUAAAGAGUUCCUUGACAUCAGCUUAAGAGUUCCUUGACCUCAACUUAAGAGUUCCUUGACCUCAGCUUAAGAGUUCCUUGACCUCAGCUUAAGAGUUCCUUGACCUCUCAGCUUAAGAGUUCCUUGACCUCAGCUUAAGAGUUCCUUGACCUUAACUUAAGAGUUCCUUGACCUCAGCUUAAGAGUUCCUUGACCUCAGCUUAAGAGUUCCUUGACCUCAGCUUAAGAGUUCCUUGACCUCAGCUUAAAAGUUCCUUGACCUCAGCUUAAGAGUUCCUUGACCUCAGCUUAAGAGUUCCUUGACCUCAGCUUAAGAUAUUCACAGCAAACGUGGUGAGAAUGACAAGAAACAGAUUGCUGUAAGUAUGGUUUCGAAAUUAGGGACCGGUCAUAAAGUAACUGCUAGGGUGGGCUGGAGUGAUUUGGGAUGGGCCAUGGAAAAUGAAAAAAAAAAACAUGCAUGUCUACUUCAAAAAAUAAACAAAACUAUCCAAAUUAUCAAAUGCAAAUGAUGCUAUUGUCUAUCGAAGCCAGUGCUUUGUUUAUACAACAACAAAAAGUGGUCGAAUCACAGCAAAUACGAUCAACUGGAGAGCAGCUCAGUACCAAUGUAUUUGUCAAGCUUGGUGGAAUUAUGUAUGUCAAUACAGUCAUUACAGUGCCGUGCAUGUAUAUUUACAAUAUUCAUACCAGCAAAUUUAUUUUAUUAUAAACGUGUAUUUUCCCAAUUUAGAUUGGGUGGGUCAUGAAAAUUUUUUUGUAAAAUUAGAUGGGCUUUGAAAUUUUUAUCUACAUCCUAUAAGAUGGGUCACCAAACUUAUUGGCAAAAUUUGUGAUUUACCUCCAGCCCACCCUACUUUAUGACCAGUCCUUUAUUACAUAUAACCAAAAUUUAAACACAGCGAUUCAUUCCCAAAAACUAAUCCUUGUCAUGAGCCUUUUUAAAAUGCGACGUGACAAAUUAUUAAGUCCCCCCCAUAUAAUCCUGGUAGCGCCACUGUGUUGGAUCUCAGCAUUCUCAGGUAAACUAUUUUAGAUGACGAUACCGACUCAGAAUUGCUUGACGGUUCUAAUGCUUCACUAUAGAUUUAAGAUCAAAUAUGUUAUAUACGGAUAUCGAUGGAACUAGAGUGAGUUACAAAAUACCACUGAUACCGAACCAAUCAUCCCAUACCUGUGUUAAAAGCGGCUUUCUGAUUGGUUCCGAACAGGUGAGUUUUUUCGAAUUCACCCGCGAUAAAGCUGCUUACGUUGCCGUCCGCAUCAGUAAUUAACAAUGGCGGCAAAAUUUAGCUGAUAAACCUAAUAAAACUUUAAACUGAUUUUUUUCAACUAAUCCACUGAGACUGAAGAAAAACGAAAAGAGAUGAAAUGAAGGCAAUUUAGAUGUAGAUAAAGAAAUAUUCAGAGCUCAAUGAUUUUUUGGCCGAGAAAAUAUUGACAAUACAUCGACGAAUUUAUCGCAAAGAGCGGGCGUCCCAAAACAACAAAAAAGAUCACUUUCGCAGUGUGUAUGGGAUAAAAACCAAGCGUACUUACAGAUUCGGUGCAUCCGGGAUUGACAGCUACCAGCCACCCUCGGUGCGUCAAUCCCGGACACACCUCCCGGCAAGUACGUACGUUCGAUCCGCAUCGCGGAUUCGAUCCCCAUUGCAGUCAGGCCAUUUUUCAGUAACUCAGAGUAACAUCAUGUAAAAAUUCGUCAACAUUUUUAUUUCUAGGUGCAAGCAAUCAGCAAACCAGAAUUAAACAGUUGCAACCCACCUGAAAUCCUUCAGAACGCCAAACGCAUCAGGAACACUAGAUUUCUUCAAAUUCUUGUAAAACAGUAUUUGUAAAUUAUGAUAAAUAAAAAGUACGUUCUUUAACUAAUCUAUAUUAUUAAUGAAAAACUGUUGUACUAUUUGUAUUGCAUUUCAUUCUGUCUGAAGAUGACUUUGAAAUAAAGUCGAAAAUUCACAGUCUCAACCUGCGUCUUGUUUUGGAUCAUAUAUUGUAAUCUCAAGAUGUCUCGUCUUUACGGAAUUUGUUUUUACUUUACUUUUUUUAAAUUGUCGGCUGGUCAUGGUUUUCUACCUUACAAAAUCUUUAUACGGUUUUCCCGCAGAAGUGAGACCCGCAGGCUUUUAGCCAGAAGGAAAAACGAAAAACGCACGCCUAGAACGAAAAACGCACGCCUUUGGACGCCCAAAUUCUGGGGGGGAAGGGAAAUUAUUUUCAAUUAUUUCCGUAUUAAGUAUAUUAAUAUAUCUGAAACGAAAUAGCUUCAAUUCUCAAUAUUAUUAUACAUUUGACAUUUUGAUCAAUUUGAUGGUGUACCUGGCUGAAUGAAAAUGUCAUAAGUAAAGAAGCAUAGCGGCACAAACUUACAACGCCAAGUGUGUUUGACAAAUUUCUAACGAGCUUGGAACAGAUACUGACAUGAAGUAACAACGUAAACUUCAAAGGUUUUCCAGAGGAACGUUUUCUCGGACCCCCUUUAUUGUGGAUGUAUUGUUAUGCCAAAGUUGGACGCUCUCUUUUAGGACCCAGGCUAAAAGCCUGGUUCACCUCCGUACUUAUGUAAGUACUCUGUGCCCCUGCUUUAUAUGUAUGUUAUUAUUCCCAGACCCCCCAGUCAUUUUAAAGGCACAGUUGACACAGUUCAGCCUUUUGAAUGAUGGGUCCGGUUAUUGAAAAAACUAACUAGGAAAAUCAAUUAAGCAUAAUUCAAGAUCAAAAGUUAAUGUUUUUAACAUUUUAAAACAUUCUUAUUGUUUAAAAACAUUGAAUUUACUGAUCAUAACGCACCAUAAAAACCAUCAUUCAAAAGGCUGAACUGUGCUCUAAAAUAGCUCGGAAUUUAUCGACUUGCAUCGUACAGUGCCGAGAUCCCGACGGAGUGCCGGACAUUUCCGAAUUUUAAAUGGCAUGGCCGAAGAAUGUGGAGAAGCAAGGAAGAAAAAUGGAGGAUCAUUUUUUAUCAAACUUACCUUUAUUGGAAGGUAAUAUGCUUUAUUUAAUAUCAAUCCUUGUAGUAGAGUACUUAGAUUACCAAUAUAGGUGGAAAUUUUGGACAUCGAGCCCGAAUUUAAUGCGAUAUUUCGGCAUAAAGUUUGUGCUUUUGCUUUGCACGUGGUUCGCUUUAUGGGCGAUUGUCGAACUUUAAGACCGUGUUUUAAUUCAUUAUUGUUGUCCACCAAAUGAGUAAAAAGAAUAAUUAAGAUCUAGAAUUGUUUAAGUGUCGAAAAAAUUUAUCUCUUCUGAGUUCUUGCCGAAAUUUUGUAUAUAAUUUAAAUGCUGCAUACAGGGAUCAGAAAUGUACAAGCUGAUUUCAUCAGCUUGUACAUAUUUUCAAUCUUGCGACAAAAUAUUUUAAGAAGGCCAUGUAAAAAAUAUCCCGGUUUAUCAUCAGUGGCAGCAGAAAAAACCUGUGCGGGCGAGCUGGAUUUUUUUUUACCAAAUCACAUUUAGUAGGUGCACGAAAAAAUAUACUCAAAUAUGCAGCACAGUUCUAUGAUAUAAUAUUUUCAAUGCUAUUACACUUUUCAUUAAUAUUACAAUUGCCAAGGCCCAAGCACAAUAUCAUACACGUCAAUAUGAACUCGUGUUUUCAACUGGCCGACCAUUAUGAAAAUUUUGCAUGGGUUCGUCGCACGGUCCUCCAGAAUAGUGAUGCGCAUGCACAUAGAAGUGCAUGCGUUCCCUGAUGAUAAACCAGGAUAUUUUUUUACAAGCCUUGCUUUGCUUGCUGAGUAAAAAAGCUUGGUGAGCAUGGUUUGAAAAGAAGAUUGUUCUUUUGAAGCACCUCUACUCCAGGCUCAAAUAAUAUGCACCGGUAGCAGUGUAAAGCCUUUUUCUAGUACAUGGGCUGGCAAGGAUUCAGAGAAUGUCAAAAAAAUAAAAAGGACAGUAUUUGCUAAAUUUUAAAACAUUAACUUGAUUUACCAAUACAGCAGAUGCCUGGGGUCGAAAUGAAGUUGAAAAAAAUCUCAAUCAAAUUUUAACAUUUCCAACUGGUUCCGUUGGCAUAUUUCUGAUCAAUUUUGAACAUAUUUACAAAAUAUUUGUGAUUCAGGCUUUAUAUCCUGGCUGGAAAACCAGAACCACAGGAUAUUGUUUUGUUUCAGGCUCUGAUGUUCAUAUUAGGCUGUUGCGGUAUUUGAAAAAAAACGAAAACCAAUACUGGGAAAAAAAUACCGAUAUAUCGGUAUUUUUUCGCGAUUGUAUUUUGCUUAAUUUUAUUGCAAAAUUUGCUUGAUUUUAUAAUGCAAAAUUUUCUGUUUUCAAAUUACGCCAAAACCCCGAUAUAACAAGAGAAAUAUCUGCAAAAUGACAUAUUACACCUUGCAAUGACAAUAUAAACAACCACGUUUGGCUCUCGCUCUAACCCUAAUUAAGGAUUUUUCCGCAGAGUUAGCACAUUGAUCGUCUUUGUCCUUCUGAAAUAACUCCAAUCAGCGCUUGAAAAAGCUUGAUAUGACGUUAAAAUAUACAAACGUAAAUGACUAAACAUGAUAUCGAUAAUACCAAGAAAUAUCAAUAUUCCGAUAUACCGGUAUCAAAAAUUUCAAUAUCGAGUAAUCGAUAUUUAUAAAAAAACGAUAAUUAUCGAUAUACCGCAACAGCCUAGUUCAUAUUGAGUUUUUCAUCUCGCUAGCCAAGCUAUUCACACCCUCAAUAAAAUUCUCAUCAUUUCUUGUAGAUGUACAAUGCAAGGUAGUUCCAAGAAUGUUGCAAGACCCCAUGAUUAUGAAAAAUGGACACAUUCCAAGAUCCUGAAUAAGAGGUAAAUGAUUUUCUUCUAAUUAUUUCUAACCUUCGAUCUCCUUGUAUUUUGUGGACAAUUUCCUUUCUAAAUAUACAUUAAUUUGUUUCAUGUUUUCAAUUAUGAGUUUUUUCAAUUUUCUAGAUGUGUGUUGCAAUUUCAAAGAAUGUCUCAAGUUGUUGGUUGAAGUGUUCUUGAUCACAAAAAAUAACACUGUCUAUUGGAAAGUAUAUAAAAGGUCUUAAUAUUUUCCUGUCUUAUCUUACAUGAAAUGUUUUGAACAUUAUAUGAUUGCUUGUGAUCAAUAGUUUCAAAAAUCCUGGUCCCUCGAUUACUUGAUUAAGUUUCGUGUUGCCACUGAUCGCAGAAAAUCUAUAAUUUUCAAAGCAAAUAAGCAUUUUAUGAGCAAGCCACAUAAUGACAAACUGUCUGUUUUUUGAAAAAUGUUGUUUAACAGUGAUGAUUUUGUUUGGACAUGCAUAAAUCUUAAAGUACAGCAUAUAUAAAUUUGUGUUUAUCUGUGUUCUAUCUGAGAACAUAGUUGUUUCUACAUAUUUCCAAAGUUUUUGUCAAAUUAUAUAAAAAAAUGAAAAGUUUGUCAGUAUUUGGCUUUCUUAUAUAAACAUUGAGAAGAUUGAGGUGGUUUUUAUUACAAACCAAAGCGGUUACUUACAAUUAAAACGUGAAUUUAUUAGUUUUAAUUCAGGAUUGGGUAUUUUCUUUUAGUAAUGUUUCGGUAUUAAUUUGGAGUAUGUUUUCAUUAAAAGAAUUAAAAGAACAUUGAUGAACAUUUGUCUCAUCGUAAUUUGUGUUUUGAACUUAUCAAAGUGCAUUGUGAAAACAAUAAACUUGUGUUCCAUCUCAAUCUUCUCUUGUUUAAAUGGACUUUGAGUGUUUGUUGAAAGUUUGGAAAGUUCAUCUGAAAACUUUUAAAAACUUUCCCAACUUUAAAACAAAUACUUAAGGUCGAAAUAAACUAGGAUAUUGCCUUAACCUCAUUACAAAGUGGAACUUACUUAAAUAUGGAUGAACUGAAGCUCAGCAAACUAUACUUAAUUUGGGGGGUAAUGUGAGAUGGAGAAAAUAAAAGAAAAUGGAUUAUCAUGCAUGGCAAGGAAAACCACAACCAGACUACAGGAUGAUUUUCUUUGGAAUAUGUUUUAAUUAUAGGGAAGAAAAAACAAUCAUUAUUGAAAAGUAUAUAUUAAUUGUUUGGUAAAGCAAUCCAAUAAUUGGAAUAAAUUGAGGCUGAAGAUAAUUGACAGUUCUUUGUGCUAUGUACGUGUUAAUCAAUGCAUAUAUUCAAGCACAGAAUUAACCAUUUGUUUUAUCGCCAAACAUACAUAACUACAUGAUUGCAAAAAGAAAGUGGCAGGGACACUGCAACAGCACAUAGCCAAUUAUUGCGGACCCUUUGAAUUAGUAUUCAUCAAAAUUUGUGUGUGUUUCAUCACACACAAGAGGCAAUCACUGAGAUGCAUGUUCUUUGUGUACCAAAUUUUAUAAUCUGAAUAAAAAGUUCUAGAUUUAAAAAAAAAAAUUUGAUUUAAAUAAUCUGACCUGCAACCCUAAUUUAUUGAUUAGGUGUAAAAUUUUUUAAGCUUGAAUUUCAUAUUUUAUUUCGAAUCAGAUUCAAUGAAUUAAUUUUGUACUUUGGUUUGGAUACUGAGAUGACAAGAUUUAUAAUUUGUAUUAUCUGGUUGCAGUUAAUAAUUGUUCAAUGUCAAUUGCUUCAGUUCAACAUUAUAUUCGAAUAGUUCCACUUUGGAAUGGUGUGUUAUAAUAGUCAUAAUAAUAAUAUAAGCAAACAGGUUUACAUGGCACUCGGACAUGGUCUUUUCAACAAGUACGCAAAGGUAAGUUUAUACUUCAAAAAGGUCUGUUUUAACCUGACACGAAUGCUGUCCAAAAUAAACUAAAAUCAAUCUUUGUGACCUUUCAAUGAAAUUUCAUAUGUUGAAUCGACAACCCUGCAUGAGCUACUACCGUAUAUGUCUUUUGAUGUUUGUGUUUGGUUUGCUUUAAUGUUGAUACUAGAAAUUGAUGAAAAUGCAAUAUAAUAUUUUGAAUAUUGAUAGAGAUUCUAAGGAUUGAAUGGAAACUGAUUUUUCCUUGUGAGGACUUGAGAAAAUUGUUUGUCUUCUUUUGAGUUAACAAUCGAAGUAUAUACCCAACAAAAACUUAUUUCCUGUUUUUCUUAUGCAAAACAAUAAGCUUUUUUCCAAUUGAAAAUUUUCUUUUGAGUUUUGGUUUUGACCAAUAUAAAUAAAAGUGUAAAAAAAAAUAAGAAAAUAUUUCAUGAACAUUUGAAAGUUUGGUUCAACCAUAUUUUGUGUGUUUCUGUACAUGGUCGCUACAUGUUUUGCAUCAAAAAGUUUUUUUUUAUAUAUAUAUAUAUAUUAUAAAACAGAACGUUUCCCUAGGUGAACUUUAGGAGAUGUUUGUUUGUAAAAUAGUGGAUCAAAGUGUAUCAUUUUAUUGUAUUUAUCGAGGACGAGAAAUGCACCAUUUUAAGCAAAGCAAAUUGAAACUGAAUUUUUGUUCGAAAAUUUAUCAGAAUUGGAGAAAUAACAUUCUUUUAAAAUUUUGUUCAACUGCAUUUUCAUCACUUGAAUUAGUAUUAACAUUAUAUAUAAUCAAUUCAAAGCGGUUGUCAGGUUAAAAAGGACGCUCAAAGAUAUAUGGCUCCGAAAGACUGCAGGAUAAUUUCAAAUUCUUCAAUAUUUCUUGAUUUGGCACUUGAAAGAAAUGUUCAAUUGAGUAUGGAACCCAUGAUCUAGUAAUGUUUCGAUGUUUAAAGAUAUAAUUUCUGAGUUUAAAGAAGUAUGCUGUCAAUGCAUUGUCAAAAUGUUAAGGCACUUUGAGGAAAUUAAUUUGCUUCAAGAAAUGGAAUCUAAACAUCACAUCGCGAUAAAAUCAUUAUUUUCCAUACUCAAGCGAAAAUUUUGGUCACUUUACCAAAAACAGUUCGUAUUCAAAAAAGUAAAAGAGCAUGUUCGAUUUACUUUGUCUUUGAGCCAUAUAUUUUCUUUGUAAAACAACCUGCAUGGUGUUACGCUUUUGAUUUCUCCGUCAAACUCGUAAAAUUUAUCAUUACAGUUGUUUUACAAUAUUUAUUUUGAAGUAUAAACAUUAUCUUGAGAAGACCAGGUUCUCUUGUUUCCUCAAGAAUUAACUUUUUUAAUGUUAAUUCGUGGGCAAACAAGUUUUUUAAUGUUGUGUUUUCACUUGUGCUUAUUCACUUGUGUUGAACACAAUGUUAAUUGCUGUCUUUGUGCCAUGUUCUGUUUUCUUCUAUUGUUAUUUAAAUAAGUAUGCAGUGGUUGUUCUCUUUUUAUUGUUAUUCAAUUUGUAAUUACAAUUCUUUUCAAUAAAUUGUUCAUUAAUUAUACAAGAGAAUCCUUUUUAAUUAAAAAUUCAAUUCCCAUGGGAAUUGAAAAAAAAAAAUAAAAAAAUUCCCCCACCCCGGCCGGCUCCCCAAGUACUACCUCCACUUCAAGCAGAAGUACUUCUACUAUAUAGUAAAAGUACUUCUACUUAAAGUAGAGGUAGCACUCGGAGAGCCAGCCGGGGUAGCGAGGCGAAGAGAAGACCAACCUUGCAAAUGCAAAAUAAUGCAAAUUGCUAAGUCGAUCUUCUCUUGAGAGCAGCCACGCGCAUACCUAGCAAAUGUAAAACAACAAGCAUUAGUAACAAAUACUCGACAUGCAAAUUUUGAAUCCCAUGGCCGAAAUGACAAGUGCCCCCCACUGAUUCCUACCAACUGCCUACCUGCCUCAAUCCUAAGCUGUCUGCCUCAGUUCUAAGCUGUCUGCCUUGGUCCUAAGCUACCUGCAUCCCAUUCGUAACUUCCGCUUUCCUCACUAUCACACAGACACUCACAACUGCCCAACCUGCCACCAGCCCGACUGCCCACCCUUAAAACUGAAGGAAUUAAAAUUUUGGUAAAGUAUACAUAAUUAAUUUAGUUAAUCGAAUAUUUUAGGCGAAACGUAAACAGAUAAAUUAAAAGGUUGACAAUCAGACGAAAGACCGCGUUUACAAACAGGUGAGUUUCUUACUUGCCUUUUUACAUGAAUAUACGAAACCUCAAAAUCCAGAUUUUUCUUUUUAUAUGCUUUACUAGCAGGCUAUAAUUUUUGUUUAAAUCGAAACUCAACGCAUUUUGCAGAUGUUAGGAAAGUAGUCCUUUUUCAAUGUUCAGAAAAGAUAUAGUUUCUUUUUAAAUAUGCUCUCAAAAUUGUAAUUCCUUUAGUUUAGCCUAACCCCAUGCAUCCUACACACACGGCGCACACUCUCGCACUCCAUACAUUUAGUUAAUAAAUUACGUUAUAAACAAAAAAUCAAAAUAAAAAGAUAAAUUACGUUAGCACUAGCUAUCCUAUAACCCACUUAGACUGACUUUUGGAUUCUGCUUCGAAACGUAAGAUCUUAACUGAAAGGGCAUGGGCUUGAGUUUUGUUAACUGGUCCGAAGUAAAUACAAACCUUAAACUUACCAACCAAAGGCUCGCUUAAAUAAGCAUGAGAAUGCAUAUAAUUGUUUUUUCAUAGGAGUUUAAAAUCCAAACGAAAAUUACAAUGUCGCUAAUUUAGUGAGCAUAUAGUACUGUUUGUCUAUAUAGUUCAAACAGAUCGAACGCAAUUCUCAUACUCAUUUAACCGGAACGCCUUGAUGAUCAUUUGCAUGGCACGUCGCAGCUGCUCUCAGUAACAAGAUACUUAUCAUAUUUAAUCAAAGAGGAUUCAUUAUAAAGUCGCAUUUCCACUAUGAAAUCAAUAUCAACAUGAAAACAAAGCAUAGCAUAUUCCCCUGGGAAUUAAAAAUACGGAAAAAAAUAAAAUUGCCAAAUACCUUUUUGCUUGCGCAAAAUAGAAAAAAUUAGCAUAAAAAACAAAGGAUAGUAUAUUCCCAUGGGAAUUAAACACACGAAAAAUAAUCCACCAAUUCUUACUUUUUAACGCUUGAAAUAGGGUUGCUUGUUUUCAUCGUAUGUUGAUUUCAUUGUGAUUUAUCCCAUAGUUAACAUAAUAUAAACAUGGGUAGGGACAGCAUCUGACAGCUACGAUUUUAUUAUCAACACCAACUGACGAUGAAAAAUAGAAAAUGCUUGGUGCUAGACUCCAAGCCAUGUUUAUUUUACAUCAACUAUUAUGGGUGACGCGGAUUAAUAUUUCGUUUUCAGAAAAGACUAUACAAUCUUCAAUAUUCCAAGCAAGAUUUCGUGCUUUUUUAGGUAUUGUUGCGUUGAUCUUUUUUAUACAAACAGUUCUCUAUUAUCUCACUACGUUUUUGAAAGUUUUACCCAAACGUUUGACCUAAUUUUGAGGGCAAUAUAUUAUUUCUAUACUCCAAAAAUUGGAAAACAAAGUGGAAAAAUUCGCCAAACUCGUAGCAUGUUUAAUUUCAAAUUUUUCAAUGAGAAAAUCAUUGAAUUCACUUGAAUCCCCUUUGAUCUUUAAAUAAGUAUUUUGUCUUUAACUAACUUACAUUGGUAAAAUUUUUUGCUACUUUCAUAUUAGCAAUGUUGUUGUUUCCGAUUGUUGCGAAUCGUCAUUCUUUUUUUGACUCCAUGCCAUUCGUGAAUUGCUCUUUCUGUUCUUUUCAUCAUCUCUUUUCAUCACAUCAAAAUUUCAUCACAUCACCUUUUGAAAUUAAAAAAGUAUCCAUGAGUCCAUGAAAUAGGAUUGGAUCAUAUCAUUAAAAGGCUUGAGUAAUAUUGCCAGGAUUUUUUUAUUAGAUUAUUCGGUCCUCACAAUUUUACCAAAUUAUCACAGACAAAAAAUUUCCAUGGUUAUUUUAGGCUUCGGCCCCAAUUCAACGGCGUUUAUUAUCCCAUAAUAACAAUUUUGAAUUGCAUGGUUAAAUUGCAUUAAAACAUGAAAUAUUGUCAAUGAUAACCUAGACCUAGGCCCUAGCCUUUGCUCGGGCAGGUUUUGGUAAAUUUUGGGCCAGUAUUUAGCAAGUAUGACGUCAAAUGCUUUUGCCCGUCCUCCGCCCCACUCCCAAGGCGCGUAGUGCCAGUCUUCUCGUGUGAAAUGCACCAAAAUUAAAAAUAGAAGGUCAAGGUGCAGCUGAAAGAGUCUUUCAUGUGACGCCACGGCAACUGUGUUCAGUGUGUUGGAGUAUAAUAUCCAGUGGCGAGGGGGGGGGGCUAAGGGUGUGCGACGAAUUUGUGUUGCCAUCAUAGGUCACCUAUUAUUUUUUGUUGCAACAACAAAAAGGUAGGAAUUUUGUCUGCGCAUGCGUCAAAAUUGGCGCGGUGAACAUAUAGGAGACCUGGGGAGGGUAAUUAUCACAUUUGAUUUUUGAACGUUUUAUUUAUUUUUUGGCCUAGUUAUUUCUACUGAAAAAAUAUUGUUAUUUAAUUAUUCUUUGGGAAGGUGGGAAAAGUAUGCGAACGUUCACGAUCGGAAACAAAAAUGUAGAAAAAUCAAGCUUUUACGUAACUUUAUAGGUCGGGAAUCGUCCGUUUCCGACGGAAAAUCGCGAAUUUUGAAUUUUCCUAUCAAAAAACUUUGACUAGUGAGCGAAGAAAGGUUCUGACCAGUACAUUUUUGCGAAAACGAAUUUAUAUUUUUUUGCGAAUCUGCUGUUCACCAGAAACAGCCAGAAAGAACUCGAAAACGUUUAAGAUAAUCUUUCGAAUGCGCCUAAAAUUAUUGACCACCGCUGACAAAAUCCCUACCUGUUGAAACAACACGAAAUAAGGAUAGUGCAUGAUACUUAAAUAUCGAAACAACGUUUUGGAAUUAUAGUUGUUGGUAUAGGCAUUUGUACGGUUUCGAGUGCAAUUUGGAAAAAACGAGUGUAAUUUGAGUCUGAAGUACGAGUGUAAUUUGAAGUCUUUGAAAAGCUUACGAAUGUAUGUUUUUCCAAAUUGCACGAGAAACCAUACUAUUACUUAUUAAUAAUAUAUUAAAUUCAUGGUCACUUCGAUUCCAGGCACGAAACACAUACGAAGUAAAUCAUUUAACCCAUUUAAACCCAACAACUUUAAUACAAGGUUUCAACUCUCAGCACUGAAAAUGUGAUUUUGUUUUGCUGUUUUCGAAGUAUUUCGUUUUGCUACUGUAUUUUUUUUUGGCACUGUAUUUCAAUCAGAAUGGAGAACAUUUUUUCAUGUAUAUUGCUAGGUUUGAAAGAAAUUCCUGCAUGCAUAUAUUUCAAAAGUCAGUUAUAAGAUCACUUACAUCUAUAUUAAUCACUUUUGCAUUUUCGUUGUUUCUGUUGAUCUGGCAUCGACGUUCUGUUGAUGAGUCCAUGUCAUCUACCAUUCCUUCAUCCCGCAAUUCAAUCGAGUAUUGUCUUUUCUUGGAUGAUCUAGUUGUCUUCACUUCACAUUUAUCUUCUCUCCGUACAAGCUAGUAAGUUGCGGUUUGAUGUAAAAAUUUCUUUUCCCUGAAGGAUAAAUAAACAUUUUUUUCAAACAGUUAUUUUAUCCAAAAUUUUUGAAAUAGUUUUUCGGUUUUUAAUAAGAAACGAUUAAAAAUCGCUGGCAUCCUUUUUCAUUUUCUCUUACCUUGAUAAAACCUGUGUUACUCUCAUCUUGGCAAUGUUUUAGGAUCUGUUGGUU